AUGCCCACACGUUCCGCCCUCGGGUUGAGCUUGAUAUUGGAAAGACCAGAAAACGAAGAAAUUUUAAGACAACGCAAUAUCGACACGGAGACACGUGCGUCUCGUAAUGAUAUGGAGAUGGAAGUGAUUAACGAUGAGGAAUCUCAGGAAUUAAAUCAGGAUCCGUAUAGUAAUUUUGGUGAUAUUAGUGUUAAUGAUCCCCUCUUACCGUCCGUACAUUUAGGCUGUGAUGGGAAUGCCGGUGAAUCACGUGAUUCUGGCGUGGCAAUCAACAGUGUACCUGAUGCUCAAGCCAUUGUAAAAUAUGUAAACACUUCUGCCAGUAUUAUUAAGGAGGCAUUUGUUGUUAGUGGAACUACCUUAAAGGCUCGUGACUUUUCUGACAAUGAUUCAUCGGAAAUUCGGAAGUUCACUAGAUAUGCAGAUGAUUUCAGUGGUAAAGCCAGUAUUAUUUUACGUCUCCCUCCUGUUCAGACCACGACUAGAAGGGCGGAGGCUGAAUUUAAGGAUUUUAAAGACGCCAAUCACGCACUCGAUACGAUUGAUGCUCUCGGAGACCCAGUGAAGCUCAAGGCCAACUUGGAACAGCGCUUCGUUGUUAGCAAAGGUGUUGUCUCGGAUUGGCCUUCGUCAAUCCCGGAAUUAUGGUCGAGUAUACAGGAUAAAUCUAAAAUCUUGAGUAUGGAGCGUAUGUACCGUAGGAAGUGGGAUCCGUUGAGUAGUAAAACUUCGUUAGUAGCCACGGACAAUAUCGUGGUGACAUUUAAGGAUAAGAACAUCCGCAAUUUAACUGUUUUCGAUAAAGGUAUCGUCCUCAGGGUCCGUCGAUAUGUUCCUCAGGUCCGUCAAUGCUUUAAUUGUUUUAGAUUUGGUCACACUAAACUAAACUGCAAAAGUGAGACGCGCUGCAUAAUUUGUGGAGAUAAAGCCCAUGGUCAAUGUGAUAGGGAACAACGAUGUUACAAUUGCGGGGGCUGUCAUAAGUCCACGUUUAGAGGCUGUCCUUAGUUUGAAAAAUCUAAAAACAUUAACAUCGUUAUGGCUCAUAGAAACAUUUCUUUUUAUAGCGCGAAGCAGAUUGUGGAGGGAAAAGCUCCAGAUUCUUCACCUGAAUAUCAAAACAAGCUUAUUAAUCCAACAUCCUGGCCAAAUCUCCCAUCGUCGGCUGGACCCAAUUCUUACUCUGAGGCCCUACGAGCUGACUCACGUGUUCCAACUGGGUCUACUGCUACAGCACAGAGAGACAAAGGGGAUCGUCCCCCGCAUUAUUCAGUUAAGGACAAACGGAGGGCACCAUAUGAAGCUCCGCGUAAUUUUUAUAAAUCUUUUGACCUUCGUUCCGGCGAAAUCACUAGGGAGAAAAGAGGUAUUAUGUUCACCGCGAGUUGUCGGGCGGGGAGUGAGACUCCUUCCAAGGACAACCAUAUGAGAAUGGGACAUCAGGAGGAUCACCGAAUCUCAGAGACCAUUGAGAGUAUUUUACUGCUUCUGCGAAGGGUUCCGGGAGCUCGGAUUAGGUUAAUUCGCGCCCUAGCUUCGUCGGAAGCGCAAGAUGGACAGGAUGGGGGUUUUCCCCUGCAUCCUGAUAAUACCCAGAGUAAUGAGGAGAUGAAAU